AUACAAUAUACACAAGGGUUUGAGAAAUUAUUGUAAUAACCGUAAAGAUAUAGAGAGAUAAAUAUAUAUAUAUAUAGAGCGAUGCUUAGCAGAGUCUCUGUAUCAGCCUCUGUUUCUGCAACUCUAUUUAACCCUAAACCUCCUCGAUUUAUGUGUUUUCUCAGGAAGAAGACGAACAACAGUAGUGAUUCUCUCUCUUACAUUUCAAACCCUUUGUACAAUUCGUUGAAGGCCCUCAAAUGGAAUUCUAGUAGCAGUAAUAGGUCUACCAUGGAUUUCACCACACGUGCCUCAGCACAACCCCUCAAGAAUGCCGAUGAACUGAUCGAUUCAGUGGAGACCUUCAUCUUCGAUUGCGAUGGAGUUAUAUGGAAAGGGGAUAAACUGAUAGAUGGAGUCCCAAAAACUCUUGAUAUGCUCCGGGAGAAGGGAAAGAGAUUAGUUUUUGUUACCAACAACUCAACAAAGUCGAGGAAACAAUAUGGGAAAAAGUUUGAAACUCUUGGUCUUAAUGUCAAUGAGGAGGAAAUUUUUGCAUCAUCUUUUGCUGCUGCUGCAUAUUUGAAGUCCAUCAAUUUCCCAAAAGAUAAAAAGGUAUAUGUGAUUGGUGAGGAUGGCAUCUUGAAAGAGCUUGAGCUGGCAGGGUUUCAGUAUCUUGGGGGACCGGAAGAUGGUGGGAAAAAGAUAGAGCUAAAGCCUGGGUUUUUUAUGGAGCAUGAUGAGAAUGUUGGGGCUGUUGUUGUUGGAUUUGAUCGUUAUUUCAACUACUACAAGAUUCAGUAUGGGACACUAUGCAUACGUGAAAACCCAGGGUGUCUUUUUAUUGCUACAAAUCGUGAUGCUGUCACCCAUCUUACUGACGCUCAGGAAUGGGCAGGUGGCGGUUCAAUGGUUGGUGCCAUUAGUGGAUCUACUCAACGUGAGCCACUGGUUGUAGGGAAGCCCUCAACUUUUAUGAUGGACUACUUGGCAAACAAAUUCGGCAUUCUCAAGUCACAGAUAUGCAUGGUAGGGGAUAGAUUGGAUACUGAUAUCCUUUUUGGACAAAAUGGCGGUUGCAGAACCCUUCUUGUUCUCUCAGGUGUGACUUCAUUGUCAAUGCUUCAAAACCCCAGCAACUCCAUACAACCGGAUUUCUACACCAACAAGAUUUCAGAUUUUCUCUCGCUCAAAGCUGCUACUGUGUAAGCAUGUAGCUUUGUGAUAUCUUCUGUGUCAGGUUUGGAUGUUCAAGCAGAUGUUCAUGCAGUAUUCUUUCGGUUACAUGUAAAGACAGAAAAUUAGGAAUUCUCAGAAAGCGUUAUCAUUGUAUAUUUAUCUACAGUUGAAAAUUUGAAAUACAGAAUCUAUCAUCUGCAGACUGUUGUUCCUACUGAUACUGUGAGAUGACAGAGAUAAUGAAAUAUGAAAUUAUUCAAUGAUAUGAAAUUUGAAUA